AUGCAUGGGCACUCAGGCCCCCAGGUCGAUGGGGACGGGAAUCCUGCUGGAGUGUUAGGCAGUGUUCAGCCAAGCCCGGGCCCGGGCCCCGUCCCCAGCCCGGCGCGGCCGCCCGCCAAGCCGCCCGAGGACGAGCCGGACGCCGACGGCUACGAGUCGGACGACUGCACUGCCCUGGGUACGCUGGAUUUCAGCCUACUCUACGACCAGGAGAACAACGCCCUCCACUGCACCAUCAGCAAGGCCAAGGGCCUGAAGCCGAUGGACCACAAUGGGCUGGCAGACCCCUACGUCAAGCUGCAUCUGCUGCCGGGAGCCAGUAAGGCAAAUAAACUCAGAACGAAAACUCUCCGAAACACUCUGAACCCCACGUGGAAUGAGACCCUCACUUACUACGGGAUCACGGACGAAGACAUGAUUCGAAAGACCCUGCGGAUCUCCGUGUGCGAUGAGGACAAAUUCCGCCACAACGAGUUCAUCGGGGAGACGCGCGUGCCCCUGAAGAAGCUGAAAGCCAACCACACCAAGACGUUCAGCAUCUGCCUGGAGAAGCAGUUGCCGGUGGACAAGACCGAAGACAAGUCCCUGGAGGAGCGGGGUCGGAUCCUGAUCUCCCUCAAGUACAGCUCACAGAAGCAGGGCCUGCUGGUCGGCAUUGUACGCUGCGCCCACCUGGCGGCCAUGGACGCCAACGGCUACUCGGACCCCUACGUGAAGACGUGA